AUGUCUUUGCCUUGUCUAGCACCGCUCGUCUCACGGCUAUCUCAUCUCUUUGACGGUAAUAGCUGGACUGACCAGAAUCAUUCAACGCGGAGAAGGGUGAAGAAUGCAUUCCGACGGAAGAAGAUCAAUUUGCGGCCUUUCAAGAAGAAGCACCAGAUGUAUACUCAAAGAUAUGACGCAGACAAUCUUGCACCAAGUCAACAGGCAAAUAUGAUGUAUACAACAAGAUAUGGAUCAAGCCGCACCACGAACAGAAAAAGCGAAGAUGUUAUCUCUUCUCAAGUCGUCCCUGUAUCAGUCAACGUUCUCACAAUGCCGCGACAAGUCGAUCGUGCAUGUCAAACUGAUCUACGACCAACCUCGGCGCUCUCAACAUACGAACUGGUCUCAGCCAAUACGCUAGACGAGUGCACAACUCCAGAUGGAAGACAGCCGCCUCCUCCGCCCCCGCCUUAUACGCCUGGACAAGGUCUAAAGCAGUGA